AUUCGGGGGCAGAAACCGUGGUGUCCCCGCCUCUUUGCUCCCACACCAGGCCCGGCACGUGAAAGCCACUCGGCCCUUGUGUGUCCAGAGGCGUCUCUUCGGCUCAGCGCCCUGACUCUACCAGAAUCUUGGGUCCCGACGGCGUUGUUCUCUGGGUUCACUCUCCCUCUGGCUUCCGGCCGCCCGCGUUGCCCCUGGGCCUCCUCGCGUGCAGAUGCCUUAGGCCCGCCAGCCGCCCCAGAGGACUCCCGCUCGGGCCCGCAGCGCCCACGCACACGGCCAGCUCCCGCUGAGUCACCUGGGAACCCCGUCCGCUGCCGCCGCCGCCACCACCGCUGCUGCCCGCCCGAGCCAUGGAGGCCCCCGAGGUCCCCGUGGGCUCGCUGAUUGACUUCGGGGCCGAGCCGUCCACCUCCUCGCCCCUGGAGGCGAUGCCCCCGAAGCUGCCCGAUGGGGACAGCUCCCCGGGCGAGGGCGCGUCGGAGAGUGAGACCACGGAGUCGGCGGACAGCGAGAACGACCUGGGCGAGUCGCCCUCACACCCGGCCUGGGGCGGGUACCGCCGCUCCUCCUCCAACGAGUCCUUCUCCUCCAACCAGAGCGCCGACUCCGCCAAGGACGAGGAGCCGCGCGAGCUCCGGGAGUUUAUGCGCCGCUACGUGGAGAAGAUCUUCUCCGGGGGGGAGGACUUGGACCAGGAGGAGAAGGCCAAGUUCGGGGAGCAUUGCAGCAGUGAGAACGGCAAAGCCCGGGAAUGGUUUGCCCGGUACGUGAGCGCCCAGCGCUGCAACUCCAAGUGCGUCUCGGAGCCCACCUUCUACCGGCUGGUGCAGUCCUUUGCCGUGGUCCUGUUCGAGUGCCAUCAGAUGGAUGACUUCGCACCAGCCAAGAGUCUCAUGACCAUGUGUUUCACCUACUACUACAUCGGUAAGCCGCAGCUGCUCCCCUCGGAGGCCAAGGAGAAGCCGGCGGGGAGCAUCGACUCCUACUUGAGGUCGGCCAACAGCUGGCUGGCGGAGAAGAAGGACAUUGCCGAGCGGCUGCUGAAGAACACGUCGGCCAGGACGGAGAACGUCAAGGGCUUCUUCGGGCUGGAGACCAAGCCCAAGGGGCCCCUGGCCAGGAGAAGCGAGGAGGAAGAGGACAAGCUCCAGGAGAAGCCACCGGGAACAGUGACAGUUUGCAGCCCGGAGGAGGAGCGGAGGGGGCAGAAGAUCUACCUGUACACGCACCUGAAGCAGCAGCCCAUCUGGCACACGCUGAGGUUCUGGAACGCGGCCUUCUUCGACGCUGUCCACUGCGAGAGGAGAAAGCGGUCCCCCACCACCAGAGGGGAUGCUGGAGAGGAGGAGGAAAAGAGGGAGCGGUGGUGCCACAUGACCCAGGAGGAGCGGGACGACAGCCUGCGGUUUGACGAGAACAUCACCUUCGGGCAGCUGGGCACGUUCACACACAACAUGCUGGCGUUCGGCCUGAACAAGAAGCUGUGCAAUGACUUUCUGAAGAAGCAGGCAGUGAUCGGCAACCUGGACGAGGAGCAGUACAAGCUGCUGAGCGACCACAUCGAGCAGAUGGCCGUUGAGUAGGGCGUGGGAGGUGGCCCGAGGCGCCCUAGGAGGCCUGCCCGGGCCCGCGGCUGGCUGUCACCCCACCCUGCAUGACGUCGGCAGCCCCCACAGCCGCUCCACGCCACCCUAGAACGAGCGGUUACAGCACCUGGCCGCCUGUCCUCCCCGCCGCCCCUCAGCCUGCAUCUGCGCCCCACCCACGUGCCAGUGUCCCUGGGACUCUGCAGCUAAUCCGAGGUGACUGUACUACCCCCUGAGGGUCAGGCCUGUGACACGGGACCGAAAAGUGGAAGAGGACGCCGGGUCCAGGACGGGCCCUGUGUCCGUCGCAGCCUCACGCAGGCCAGGGUGGGGCGCACGGGGGAAGCUGGGCGAGGGCGGCUGUGACCCGGCACGCGCCAGUGACACAGGCUGUCCUGGGGACCAUCUGGAGCCCUCCCUGCAGGCAGGACGGGGUCACCCUUGCAGCCAGGGCUCCUGUCCCGUGGUAGCCACUCAGGGCAGCGGGCCUCUGAGGGUCGGCCCGUGGCCAGUGGGCUCUUUCCCGGCCCCCUCUCCAUGCGGCAGGGCCUGCAGAGGAAGCUCGCGGAGGUGAGAGAUCCCCCUGCCGUCGGGACAGAGGCCCGGGCCAGGACGUGCUCCUGGUGGCAGAAGGCCUGGUCCCUGGUCCGGGGUCGAGUCAGAACGUGGGGCGUCCCCGGUCAGCUGUCCACUUGCUCCCGCCACAGAGGCGCCUCUGCCACUCGCUCCCUGGGAGCAGCCUGGGGCUGUCUGUCCCGCAGGAAGCACAGAAGAGAAGUUUUUUCAGUGGCCUCAAGACAGUUGCCCUUUCUAAAUGCGAGCAGCACUGCUCCUUGUCUCACGUGAGACAGAGGCGGCUACAUCGCUGUGGCAGGUGGCCUGGCAGCACCGCCCUUGGCUACCUUGGGGAGCGCGGCCCCAGCCCUACAACCCUUUCCCGCUGACCCUGCAGUCCCCCCACCCCGGGAACCGGGCUUUUCCCCUGGGUUUGUACCCGCCCAGGCCCUGCAGCCUGACCAGAGCGCACAGCAUGCUGGCUGUCCCUGUGUGAAGGCUGCGGUCAGCCUGGUGCCCCCGCCCCCUCCUGCCACUCGCUGACCUUGAAAUAGGCCCCUGGGCGCUGUCCUUCCGGCCCUGGCCCUGCGUCCUGGGUUCCCUUUCCUCCUCCAGCUGGCAGACAUGUGAAACACCCACCUGAUAGCCCGCCCUCCAGCCAGGGCUCCCAGGUGGUCCUCCCGGGGCCGCCUCCCUGGAACGUUCUAGAGAAGGCUGUGUGUUAAUUGUGCUGUGGACUGUAUGUCUUGGCGAUCAUGAGAGAGGCAGCAGGAAGCACGGCAAGACCCUGGUGUGCCGGUGUGAACUGUUCCACCAGGAGCAUGGGCUGGGGCUUCGUUGCUGUGUGUGCGUGUGUGUGCGUGGUCACCCUCUCUGGCCGUUAAACACAGCGCAGCCGUGUCACUGGUUUGCCUGUCCUGUGCAAGGCAGGGUCACGCAGGCUGCCGUGUGCCCGCCCCGUGUCGGGCCCCGCGAUCACACGUGUCUCUACCAAGUGCAUUUUAGAGACCUAACGUCCAGUUCACGCGUGUGCGAGGCAGGCCCCUCCACUGCCUCCUGCAGACAGUGUGGCCCCUCCUGAGAUGUUGGGGCAUGACCCCUGGGGUGCCGUGCUCCCUCCCCCCGGUCAGGGCCCUCGCAGGGCUGGCCCCGGCUGUCCUCAGCUUCUGUGGUCAUUUCUCAGAGGUUAGUUGGAAUAUGCAUUAAGACUUCAUUCUAAGGUGCCCCAAAGACUUCCCUUGCAUAUAUAAGAUUUGUGUAUGGAAGUUUGAUCCGGCCCGAUUUCUGAAGGAGGAGUUCUGGGUCCUUCCAUGGGGUGCUGGGGAGCGGGCCCGCCCUCUUCCCCGGGGUGGGCGGGAGGGCGCGGGGCCCUGGAAGGAAACACAGCUUUGCCUUCUUUGGCCUUCUGCACGCACGGUAACUUCAGCGUGGUCUUGGGACUCUUUUUCCACAUUGGCCUCCUGAAAUGGCAUUGAGAGUAGAAGCCAGCGGCGCUUUCCCUGGCCCUGUCCACCUCCAUCCCGCUCCUAAGAGUGGAAUGAGUCUGACCCCAGGGGUACCCCCGCUGCCCCGAGGGGAUGCUGCCGACUGACCGCCAUCGAGGGGGUUCCCAGCUGCUCCGCCGUCUCCUCCCGGCACCGCCUGUGGCCGAGCGUUCCACCUUGCGGCGACUGGCCAGCGUCCCUGGAGGAGACGCAGCGCCCCUGGAUAAGCCGGCGUCCUGCUUCGCUGAGGCCUCCUCGGUGACACCAUCCUCCCUCCAGCCGCAGCGGACGACCCGGGGCGCUCUCAGGCCCCCGCGUGCCAGGCGUCUCCCCGCCAUACGCACAGGGUACAGGGUGCUGGUGGCCCUUUCAAGACCGCCGGACGCGGGGCUGGAAGCCUCGGGUCACGUCCAGGAGGAGCGUCUCCAGCCCAGCAGGCUCGGCGUCCCGAGCUGGGAGCAUCAUCGAUGGCUCUGUUAGCAGUGGCAUUUUGGGCUUCCUGCUGCGGCGGCCCUUCCGGGCUCAGAGUUGAGCGAGCCCACAGCGGUCAGUUCCCCCACGUGAAAAGCACGCUGCCUUGGAACCGGGAUGGUGUUGCGAUGUGGCUUUGUGGGUCUUCAGCCUCUGUACGGUUUUAGCGAUAUCGAUAGACAUUUAAGGGGCCAUGGACCAUUCAGAUGUUCAACCAAAGGCGGGAGAACCCAGUUCUGCUGUUAGGAAUUGUGUGUAUGGUGGAGAAUAGACCGUGAUUUUCCCAUUGCCAAAAAAAAAAAAAAAAAAAGGCAGCUCUGGGAGCUCCUAAGUUACCCGAGAGGAGGGCUAGGAAGGGGGCCCAGGGCCCGAGUUUUGUGGCCAGACGGAAGCCGGGAUGGGCAGGGUGCCGGGCAAGCCCCCGCUGGGUUCAGGACAAAGGCUGAGCCCGGGCAUCGGACGUGCCGUCUGACCGCUCUCCUCCUCGCUCGGGGCUGGAGCCCGUGGAGCCUGUGCUCGCCUCUCCCUGCCCGGUAGACGCUGGGGUUCAUGGCUGCAGAGAGAAGGCGGCAGCCUUUCCCGUGGGCUCUUGUGUGUGGGUUAAUUUGUCACCCAGCACCCCUGGUGGCCCAGCCCCCUGAUGUGAGAAACACAGCAUUCACACUACAAAGGGGUUUGUUAGGGGCUUGUUGAACCCGGGUGACUCCCCAGAAGUCAGAGCCACAGCUGCAAGCUGGACCUGGCUGGGCUUGACGGCUCCCUGAUGGGCUGGCUUUUUGCUUAGGGAGGUUCUGUGUAGUUAGAGCAGCUUUGUUGCCAAAUUACGCCCACUUGAGACAGCUGGACAGCCAGAGGGCCCAUCCUUUGCCAUUUGCUGAAACAGUGGGGGGCUCGGCGAGCUGGCGGGGCAGGGGAGAAGGCAGGAGGGCGGCCAGGUGGGGGCCCACAGCUCCCCAGCCCCCGGAUUCUGCUCACUCCCCGCCCCCCGCCUAUCAGUGCCCUUGAGCCACUGCUCCCGCGACGCGGCCCUCUCACCCCGUCUUCCUGUGAAUCACUUACUCCUUUUCCAUGAUUCUCAAGGGCGAGUUUCUCUUAAAAAGCUUUCAGCUGAGCUCCACCAGCACGGAGGCUUGCAUUGGCGAGAAGUGCCCCUAACUGGCUGGUGUGCGGUGUUCACACCUGGGUCGGAGCCAGGCCCGACUCCCAGUACCUCCUCGUCACCGUGGGGCUGGGACUAGGCCUGCGUAAGUUCUCUGGGUGGCAGAGGGGUGAAGCGUUCUCACCCAGGGGCACCAGCCUCGGCCACGGGCUCUCCCGGGGCUGCUAUCCCUGAAGAGGGGAGCAAGCGCCUCGUGUGGCUGGCCGGCCUUGUCCCUGGGUGGCCUGGCGCUGGCCUGUGUCCCCAAGUUGGCCAUCUGUCUGAGCUUGAGAUGAGCAGAGGGCUUGGGAGGGGGCCCUCCGCUGGCUGUGUCCCCAGGAUUCCAGGGAGGAGAGGGGAAACUGUCACCUCCUGCAGGAUCUUCGUGCAGGUGGGGGCCACCCCAGGUCCUGGCUUCACCUGUAGGGUCGGACCGGGGCACUGUCGCCUGACGCCCUCCUGAGCUGCUGUGGGUGGGGAGAAGGGUGCUGAGCUGGGCGCAGGGCUCCUGCUGGUGAAGCCCCUCGGACCUGCGUCAGCCCUCGCCCCGGGCUGUGCCUGUUCCCCUCCCUGGUCCUGGAUGGCACGGUUGUGAAAAUGAAAGGGGUGCACACGGGGGCUCCAUCCCCGCCCAGGGCCCUGAUCUGGGCCUGUGCUGGGGGCUGCCUUUCCCACGAAGGACGGACCAACCAUUUGAACAGCAGGAAGUGCUGGAAACUCAAGCAGCAGGCACCGCGCUUCAGACGGGUCCACAUGGGACGGCUUCCUGGAACUUGGGGCUUCCGCGGGGUCUCCCACGUGCGUUCUCCGUUUCUCUCCCGCCCGUUGAUCUGGGACCUGAACUCCCUGCUGCUGCAUCCACAGGCCACUCAGCGGCCCAGAAGCCGGGGUCGGGGGUGCAGGUGUGUUUGGUGUACGGUUAUGCAAUCGGGUGUCCCGCGAGGUGAUGUGCUACCAACUAUUUUCAGAUGGUGAACGUUUCAGGGGUGAAGAUCUCAGAACAGGGCUAAGAGCCAAGCUGUUUUCCUGUGAAGAAAAAAAAACAUCUGUCUGUCGCACCUCGGAUCGUCAGAAGGUGGAAACUGAAAUAAAUGAUCUUAAAAAAAGAGA